GAGGCAGGUGACCCGAGCGGGGCGGGAGAGGGCAGUCAGCCCGCAGCCCUGUCUCCUCUGCCGUCGCGCGCAGCUCGGUGCCCACCGAAGGUGGGCGACAGGGUGCGAGAGCGCGGGGGAGGAGCCGAACCCGUUGCGUCCAGAUAGCGCAGCCACCGCCCCCAGGAGUCCGCUGGAGCGCGGAGCCCCCUGCAGGGGAGGAGGCGAGCGGCGGGCGGGACGCGGCGGCGGCGAGCGCGCACCAUGUAGUCCCGGCCCGGCCAGCGCCGGCUGCUUGCCGAGCUGUGAGGCGGCCGGGUCUCCCGGCCGCCGCAUUCCGCCUUCCUCCCUCCCAGGUGCUGCCAGGCGCUCUCGCCUUUGCUUUGGUUCUCGGACCCGGGUGGAACGCACAGCCUGCCUCUGCCCUGCUCCGCCUGGACCAUGCGGGGGGCCCCGGAGGAAGAGAAGGCGAGUGACAGGCCUAUGCCGACCUUAUUCGGGGGGCGCCCAGCUCUCUGAGACGCCCCCACCUGCUACCAUGUGUCGCCGCCACGGUUACCUAGCCUGUCGCUAAACUUUCCCGGCCUUGUCCCGGCUCGGAGUUGUAUUUCUGAGCGGAGUGUCCCAGGGACCGAGGACCCAGGCUGGCUGCAGACAUCUGCUCCUCUCGGCGGGAUCCUCAGAGAGUCCCUUCCUUGGAAUUGGAGCCCUAACCGUCCCUCUCCAGCCCUAUCCCGCGAAGAGCUGAGUGCUGGCAGCUGAGGCAGCGCCUUCCCGAAGCAGUUUAUCUUUGGACGGAUUUCUUUAAGAGAAAAAGAAACCAACAGGUUGCCAGCCCCGGCGUCACACAGGAGACUCCCGAGAGGGAAGCCCCAGUCCCGGUUUCCUCUGCCUGCGUUGGCCCCUCUCGGGCUGCGGGAGGAGAGGGGAGGGAGGGGGCGAUGGCUCGGCCUGACCCGUCCGCGCCGCCCUCGCUUCUGCUGUUGCUUCUGGCGCAGCUGGCCGGCCGGGCGGCGGCCGCCUCUAAGGCCCCUGUGUGCCAGGAAAUCACCGUACCCAUGUGCCGCGGCAUCGGCUACAACCUGACGCACAUGCCCAACCAGUUCAACCACGACACGCAGGACGAGGCGGGCCUGGAGGUGCACCAAUUCUGGCCGCUGGUGGAGAUCCACUGCUCGCCGGACUUGCGCUUCUUCCUGUGCUCCAUGUACACGCCCAUCUGCCUGCCGGACUACCACAAACCGCUGCCGCCCUGCCGCUCCGUGUGCGAGCGCGCCAAGGCCGGCUGCUCGCCGCUCAUGCGCCAGUACGGCUUCGCCUGGCCAGAGCGCAUGAGCUGUGACCGUCUCCCGGUGCUGGGCCGCGACGCCGAGGUCCUGUGCAUGGAUUACAACCGCAGCGAGGCCACCACGACGCCCCCCAGAUCCUUCCCAGCCAAGCCCACACUCCCAGGCCCGCCAGGGGGGCCGUCCUCCGGGAGCGAGUGCGCAGCAGGGGGCCCAUCUGUGUGCACUUGCCGCGAGCCCUUCGUGCCCAUUCUGAAGGAGUCGCACCCACUCUACAACAAGGUGCGAACAGGACAGGUGCCCAACUGUGCAGUGCCCUGCUACCAGCCGUCCUUCAGCCCGGAUGAGCGCACGUUCGCCACCUUCUGGAUUGGCCUCUGGUCAGUGCUUUGCUUCAUCUCCACCUCCACGACGGUGGCCACUUUCCUCAUUGACAUGGAACGCUUCCGCUACCCUGAGCGUCCAAUCAUCUUUCUAUCAGCCUGCUACCUGUGCGUGUCGCUGGGAUUCCUGGUGCGCCUGGUUGUGGGCCAUGCCAGUGUGGCCUGCAGUCGGGAGCACAACCAUAUCCACUAUGAGACGACAGGCCCUGCGCUGUGCACCGUCGUCUUCCUGCUAGUUUACUUCUUUGGCAUGGCCAGCUCCAUCUGGUGGGUCAUCCUGUCGCUCACCUGGUUCUUGGCGGCUGGCAUGAAAUGGGGCAAUGAGGCUAUUGCGGGUUAUGCGCAGUACUUCCACCUAGCAGCGUGGCUCAUUCCCAGCGUCAAGUCCAUUACGGCGCUGGCUCUGAGCUCAGUGGACGGGGACCCGGUAGCCGGCAUCUGCUAUGUGGGCAACCAGAACCUGAACUCGCUUCGCGGCUUCGUGCUGGGCCCACUGGUGCUCUACCUCCUGGUGGGCACGCUCUUCCUCCUUGCGGGCUUCGUGUCGCUUUUCCGCAUCCGUAGCGUCAUCAAGCAGGGCGGCACCAAGACGGACAAGCUGGAGAAGCUCAUGAUCCGCAUCGGCAUCUUCACGUUGCUCUACACGGUGCCGGCCAGCAUCGUAGUGGCCUGCUACCUGUACGAGCAGCACUAUCGCGAGAGCUGGGAGGCGGCUCUCACCUGCGCUUGCCCGGGCCCCGACGCCGGCCAGCCGCGCGCCAAGCCCGAGUACUGGGUGCUCAUGCUCAAGUACUUCAUGUGCCUGGUGGUGGGCAUCACGUCGGGCGUCUGGAUCUGGUCCGGCAAGACGGUGGAGUCGUGGCGGCGCUUCACCAGCCGCUGCUGCUGCCGCCCGCGGCGGGGCCACAAGAGCGGUGGCGCUAUGGCCGCAGGGGACUACGCCGAGGCGAGCGCGGCGCUCACUGGCAGGACCGGGCCACCUGGCCCCUCCGCCGCCUACCACAAGCAGGUGUCCCUGUCGCACGUGUAGGAGGAGGCCGUGGCCAAGGGACCGUGCUGGGAGUUGAGGGAGGGGGUUGUUUUGUUUGGUAGCUUGAGAAGGUCAUUUCCGUUUACCUUCAUGGUGCUGAUGCCCCCUCCCGGGACAACUUGGAGAGAGGGAAAAGGGGCAGUUUCAAGGGAGCACCUGUCCCAGUUCUUAAAGGGGCUCUGCUCACGUGUAUUCUGCUUUGCGUUUCUUACUGCCCCCUUUAGAGGAACCCUCUUUUUAAUUUAUAUGUAUUUUUCUUAAUUUUUAACUGUUGCAUUUUGGCAACAAAAUUUACCUUUGCUUUGGGGGCUUUACAAUCCUAAGGUUGGCAUUGUGAUGAGGUUCCAUUUGGUUCAGGUUUCUUUGAACUGUGUGGUCUAAAUUGGGAAAAUAUAUUUCCUAUACGUGUGUCUUUAAAAAAAAAAUGUGAACGGUGAAAGUUUGGGUUGCUGUGACUGGAAAGGAGUGGAGUGUACUUUUUCAGCUAGUUUCUCCUUCCACUGCUUAAAAGUGUCCAAGCUACUUUAGACCUGCUGCUGGUCCCUGAGCACAGCCCCAAGUCCUCCCAAGGAGGGGAGCAUGAUGUGCUAGGGCCUCUCCAGGUGGGCAAGUUUAGGUUAGGGAGUUAGGGAGCCCUUAGGGAUCGCUGUGUAUCCUUAACCUUGUCUGUUGAACUUGGGUUCUGGCAGCAGUGCUUGCAGUCAUUUUCAUUCCUAACAGAACCAGUGCCCUAAGUUAGAGGUAGCAGCAUAGAAUGUCCAGCAUAAACACUUGCAAUAAUGAGAGCCUAAGGGAUGGUGGUUGGUGGAACAUGAAUUCUAGACUGGUGAGAUGGUAAGCUUUGUGCCAGAGAGAGAGAGUGGAUGGUUCUUAAGCUUCUGCGAUCCCUUAUUAUUAUUUUAAAGGAACUUGUGUUACAAUUUUGGUGAAAGUACACCCACUCCCUUCUUCUGGAAAUACUUAGGGAUUGUUGCUAAAGAGGGCUCCCUUUUAAAUUAAAGGACUAAAACGGAUAUGCUUCCAGUAAUUAAAGUAAAUUUCCAACGCUUCUCUUAUCUGCUCCCUCACCCCGCCUCCUUUAUCAUGUUAAACAGUCUUUUUGCUUUUCUUAUUCCUCCUCUCCUGGAGAGCUGUGAUUAGAAACCACACCCACCCUCCAGUGAAGUGCUUGAACUGGGGGAGGGAGGCUGGCUACCUGUGAACAAACAUUGGCCCCAAGGAGGGAAAACAAGUGUCCCUGGACACAGGGCUAGUUUAUGCCCCCAAAGCAGCAACACAGUGCUCUCUGCAGUCUCAAAACAAAUGAGACCCACAACAUCCUUGCCUAAGCUUUUAAAUAUGAGGAGUGGAAUACCCGCUGCAAGAAGGCUCCCCUUCCAUCCCACCCGCCUUAAUUUUCCUUUUCCUUUUCUGAGACGCCUCUAACACACUUGCUGUUACUAGGUUUGCUCUCCCAAUGUUUAACCAUUUCUUCAUAUAUGAUGGACUCUUGAUGAAUACACACACAUUUCUUUGCCUUAGGAAGUUAUGUUCUCCUAAUCUGUUUAACCAUUCAUUCAUGCAGAGUGUGAGGCUACCACUGGGGAAGGGGUGACAGUGCAUCAGCCAGCAAAUACCAGUGACCAGGACUGAGUGGGGACAAAUAUAAUAGCCAAAGCAAUUAAAAAUUGAGAAAGCUUCCCUAGGGAAACAACUGGAAUCUAGGCAUUUGAGCUUCAUUUGAACCAAAGUUAGAAAAGAAAAAUGUAAGCCUCCGUAAGUUUUUCUUCACGAGUGUUAAGUAGACAAAUACAUAGUUCCCACAGGGGACUGAAAUAGCUGGUGGGAAAUCUAGUACCAUCGUUUUAAGGCCUUUCAGAAGUUGUUCACAUUAAUAAAAACGCACUGCUCUUGCCCAACUCAUUCUCUGAAUCAAAAUUCCUGGAGAUUUGACAAAACUGAGCAUACAUAGCUAUAGAACCUUGCCCAUCUUAUUUGUCUAUUUAUUCAGAAACCUCUUCCUAGAAUCUUGCAAUGGAUCCCCAGCCUGUCCACCAGUUCCUCUUCCCUCAUUUAACAUGUCUUCCCAGAAUCUGUUGUCUUCAGAUUUGGGUUAUCCCCUUUCCUUCCUUUGAAUCUGGAAAUGUUGCAGUGUAUCUAAAAGUUGUGGGACGAAAUGGAUGAAAGUGGCUUAAUUCACACUUUAAAUUUUUUUUUCAUGGUUGCAACAUCCCAAACCUAAAAACAACUAAUUUACCUGAAAAAAUUAGAACAUAGAUGCUAAGCAAAGGGAGGCAAGAUAGGCUGUGCUCUUGGAGGUCUAGUUUCAGAAGCACUCUCUUUCCCUCAUCCCCUAAAAGAGACAAGAUAAAGUCCCCAACCCCAACUCCAUCUUAGUAAUCAGCCAUCCCAACCAGGGAAAGAACUAUUUAUAGCCACCCCUUAUUUCUACCCAUGUACUUAUUUUCCCUAGCUUUGUAUUUUUGUUAUAAAAACAAAUCAUGCUCAUGAAGAGUAUAAAAUGAAAGGCUAUGGGGAAGGUAGUUCAGCAACUUCUUCACAGCCAGUCAUGUGAAGUUGGGAGGUAGGGGCCCUGUUUUGUCUAAGAUCCAGUUUCCAGACUGCCCUUUCACUGUCCAGUUUUCAGUAGUGUCUCCCUUCACAGGUUAGCAGGGUGGGGAGAGGGUCUAGGUAGUAAAUUGCCUGCAGGAACUAAUGGGACCUCAGGGACUGAGUUGGCCAGAUUGUGGGAAGUUUUUAAAAUUAAUAUCAUUUCCCUCCUUGCAUUUUGAAGUUGUCUAAAUUGGCUGGAAAUAAUUUUUCUUGGUGCCUUAUUGGUUUAUUCACACAAACCUUUUGUCAAGUUUCCACCUGACUAUUGCCUAUGACCAGGUCCUGUGUGUAUGUGUUGUGCGUAAUUGUGUGCACGUACAAGCUUAAAUAAUGUGCCGACAGCACUGUUUCAAAGUUGGUAUUCAUUAGGCAGUUCCCUCCUGGGCCAGGCUGCACUAAUCUUGACACCGGCUGCCAGGAGAAAACCUCACGGAUCACACACCGAACCUUAAUAACAGCAUCGGUGACCUGCACUCUCUGGUACAGAAUGGGAACCCCAGAGCUAGGAAGCGCAGUUGUAUAUUUUAAUGAACUGCUACCCCUGCUAAAGAAGCUUCUUUCACUUUUGUGCUCUACAGAAAGACCAAGGGGGGUAGGAGGGACAAAGCUUUGAAUAACUGCUUUCUAACACCAAAUGUGGCAAACAGGAUGGAGCACAUCACAAAUCUAGGCAGGUGUGAGGUACAGUGGCUAAGAAUCCCUGCUCCCUCUGCAUGCCCUUUUUUGUCUCCAAA